CCUCCUCCCCCAUCAUCUCCACCUCUUCCCCCAACUCCUCUCCGCCGCCUCGCCUCCCACCGCCGCCAUCGCCAUAGGGUUGGGAGCCCUGCAGCCGACCUUCCCCAUAUCCCGUUCCAUUCAUCCACACAGGCUUCUCGCUGCCCCCUUCGCCGCAGAAGGACCCAAUCGGCGGCUUCCGCAACUCCCAGAUUCGUAUCCGGCCACAUCCAUCCCCGCAUCCGCGCCGGCGCCGCCUCCGCUUCACCAGUACCGUCGGAAUCUGUCCUGGAGGUCCCCGAUUCGCGAUGAGGAUGGUUCUGUAGGGCGCACUCGCUAGGGUUUUCGGGCCCGGUACCAUGGACGCCGUGGAGCCCCGGGAGGGUUCUGAUCGGGUGCUUGACGCCUCCUCCCCUGCGGCGGCCCUGGCGCCGGCUGCUGACGAGGUGAAAAUGGAGGCCGCCGAUGGAGGCGCUGCGGUGGGAGAACCUGCUGCGGCACGCGCGGCCAGUGAGGCGGAGGCGGGUGAAGGCGUCACGGCGGAGCAUGGGUGUGAUGUGGGGGCCUCGGUGAGCGAGCCAAGGAUGGAGGUUAAUGAGGGCGGUGCAGCGGGCGGAGAGCACUCCGCGGCGCCCGAAGCAAUCGAGGUGGACGAGGGCGGCACUGCGGGCCAAGGACACUCUGCCGUGCCUGCAACGAAGGAGGUGGAUUUGGGCUGCAUUCAGGGGGAAGUACAAGAUGUGGCUCCUGUGGUCUCUGAAGCGAAGAUGGACGUGGACGAGGGUGGUGCUGCAAGCAAAGAGAACUCUGGAUCUUCCACACUGAGCGAGGUGAAUGUGGGGAGCAUCCCAGAGGCAGUGCAAGAUUUGGCUCCCGUGGCGUCUGAAAUGAAGAUGGAGGUGGAUGAAGGCUGUGUUCAGGAACAAGAGUGCACUGCAGCGGCUGCGGAAGGCGAGGUUAAGAUGGAGGAAGGUGAUGGCAGAGUGGUGAAUCAAGGGCCUGCUACACCGGCUGAUGGCCUUCAGGUGAAAGAGGAGGUAGGGGAAUGCUUGGUGGGCCGCUACAUUGGCCGGAGUGCUCCGGGGCAUGCGAGGAUUCUGAUUGGGAAGGUUGCAUCCUACGAUAGCACAACUGGGGCCUACAGUGUGGUGUUUGAAGAUGGACACGGCGAGGAUUUGGGGCUUCCUCAACUCCUGGAAUUUCUCAUGUCCUAUGAGAAUGGUGCAUUAGGCAUGAAAGUGAGCUGCAGGAAAAGGAAGCUAGACUUGCUGGUUUCAUCAGGGAGUGCCUCGGAGAUGAAAGAGCCAGCAAGUACUAGGCAGAGGGUUGGAGGAUGCAAGUCGUCUGCCAGGCCUGAUGCACUGCAGCAUAGUGGAUCUGGCUCAGAUAUGUCUGAGGAUGUUGAAUCUUCGAGUAAUUCAUCAGAUUUCACUAAAGAAGGACCAUCUGAGCCAUGCCCUCCUGUACAGGCCGUGGAGUUGCCUCCGUCAUCGGGAGACAUUCCUGUGCCAGAAGAGUCCAUAAGUUAUCUCUUUUCUGUCUAUAACUUCCUGCGAUCGUUCAGCGUGCAGCUGUUCCUGAGUCCAUUUGGGCUGGAUGAUUUUGUUGCGGCCAUUAAUUGCAGUGCGCAGAAUAACUUGUUGGAUGCUGUACAUGUCUCACUAUUGCGCGCACUGAAGCGGCAUCUUGAAUCUAAAUCUGCUGGAGGAUCUCAGCUUGCUUCAAAUUGCUUGAAGUAUCUGGAUUGGACAUUAUUAGAUGCAUUGACCUGGCCAACUUUCUUACUAGAGUACCUGUAUGUGAUGGGUUGCGUUAAGAAUCUAGGGGGACGGAGUUUUGGUAGAAGCCUCCUAGCCACGGAAUACUAUAAACUUCCUGUUGCCAUGAAGCUGAGGGUGCUGCAAAUACUCUGUGAUCAUGUCAUUGAAUCAGAUGAGCUCAAAACUGAACUGGAGGACCGAGAAGGCUACAACGAGGAGAUGGAAUAUGAGGUGGAUUCUAGCGCCUUUUUGGAGGCUGGUUCAAGAGCAGUCUCAACCAGAGCCUCAAAGGCCUCUGCUUACAAAAAUAUGAAUGAUUUGCAGAACGUGGAAAUCACUCCAAAUGUAACAAAUUCAGAAGGUACUGUAGCGGACACUUCUCAGGAUGGCAACAGUGAUGAUUGCCGAAUAUGUGGAAUGGAUGGGACUUUGGUAUGCUGCGAUGGCUGCCCAUGGGCUUAUCAUUCGAGAUGCAUUGGUCAAAACAAAGCCUUCCUUCCUCAGGGAGAAUGGUUUUGUCCAGAAUGUGUUAUUAACAAGCUCGGACCAACUUCGUCAAGAAUUGAGCGUGGUGCAAGAGGAGCUCAAACGUUUGGCAUUGACAUGUGCGGGAGGCUAUUCUUAGGAACUUGCGACUAUUUGCUGGUGAUCGGAACAUCUUCAGCUGCGGAAUCUUAUUCAAGAUAUUACAAUCGUUAUGAUGUUGUCAAGGUCCUCCAAAGACUUGCUCUCUCAGAUGCAUAUGUGGAUAUAUGCAGUCAAAUAGAGGAAUACUGGAAGCAUUUACUUGGUAUAGCUCAGAGCGAGAGAUCAAAAAUAGGUAAAGAAGUUGGUGUGAGCCAUACUCCACAAUCCGGUAUGUUGAGUUUUACUCCUAUCAAAGCAGGAGAUGGAAGUGUCUGGACAACUUUAAAAGAUGGUGGGGACAGUAAAACAGUAGCACUUCCUCAAACAUAUAUGCAGCAGAAAUUUGUGUCUAAUGAGGAACAAAAAUGCAUGCCCAGCUUAGUUGCUGCCGCCGAGAAGAAUGCUGAAGUUUGCAAUCAAACUCUAUCAGCUCAGUACAACAUACACGAUGCACCCAGAAAUGGAGCUUUUGGACCAUCUGUGGUAUCGUCAAUUUCUCAUCAGAAUGGAUCCGCUGUAAAGGGUGCGUAUAACAUAGCGCACGUACAGCCAGCUCAGAGUAUAUCCCGUCCAGACUUACCCACCAACGUUGGAAGUAAUGGCAUGCCUAGGCAAGGUACCGUGAGCACCAUUUCUGCAAAGGCAGAAUCAUUUUGUCCAUCUUAUCAAGGUAAACAACACCUUCAGCUGUUUGCUGAAAGAUCUGGAAACAUGAGUGGUGGCAAGGCAGCAAAAUUGUCGUAUUUUAAACCACAGGCUUACAUGAAUCUCUACAAUCAUGGCAAUAUUGCAGCAUCUGCUGCUGCCAAUCUUGCUGUUAUUACAUCUGAUGAAGGUAAGGUUUCAGCAUCCAAACAGACUGCAAACCCAAGGAAAAGAAUGGCUGCAGACAAUUCCCUACAGUUGAAAGCAUUUUCCUCAGCAGCCGCACAAUUUGUUUGGCCAAGUACUGAAAAGAAGCUUAUGGAAGUCCCAAGAGAUAGGUGUGGUUGGUGCCUUGCUUGUAGAAGUUCAGCAAUUGGAAAUAAAAAGGCUUGUUUUCUUAACAUGGCCACUGCAAAUGCUGCUAAAGGGUCUGCUCGAAUUCUUAGUGUCAUGCAUGUAAUAAAAAAUUCUGAUAGCCAUUUCCCCAGUAUUGUUGCUUAUUUAGCCAACAUGGAGGAAAGUUUGCGUGGCCUAUUAGUUGGUUCACUACAGGACGCGCAGCAGAAAGAACGAUGGCAUCAACAACUACGAGAAGCUUCCGACUGCAGAACUGUAAUACCCCUAUUGCUUGAGUUGGAAAGCAACAUCCGUGGAGUGGCAUUUUCUGCAAGCUGGUUGAAGCCAAUAGAUGACUGGCCUGUGGAAUCUCCUGGUCUAUCAGCUGGAGCAUCUCGUCCUGCACAAUACCAAAAACGUGGAGCUGGUGGAAGGCGUGGCAGAAGACGUUCGUUGGCAUCUGAAUCUGGUACCACUACUGCUACUGCUACUGAUGAUGACAACAGCUGGACUUGGUGGACUGGAGGAAAUAUUUCAAAACGUACUUUGCAGAGGGGGGCUGUUCUAUGUUCAACCAUAAGAAAAGCUGCUCGCCAAGGUGGUAAAAAAAGGAUAGCAGGUUUACCUUACCAUGAAGCUUCCAAUUUUCCAAGACGAUCCCGUCAAUUUGCUUGGAGAGCAUGUGUUGGACUAAGCCAGACUUCAUCUCAACUUGCUCUGCAGGUUAGAUAUCUUGAUGCCCACAUUAGAUGGAAGGAAUUCAUCCCUCCAGAUCAAAUUCCUUCAGAUGGAAAAAGUUCUGAUGCUGACUUUUCUGCCCUCAGAAAUGCCGUAAUCUGUGAUAAAAAAAUAAUUGACAAUAAGAUAAGAUACGCACUUAAGUUUCCCAACCAGAAGCAUCUUCCUGUGCGUGUGACAAAAAAUAUCUUGGAAGCAGAAGGUGAUCAGGAUGAAAAUAGCAAAUUGUGGUUUUCCGAAAACCACGUGCCACUGUACAUGUUGCGAGAAUAUGAGCAGAAUUCUGGGAGUAGCUCCUUGCCUAGUCCAGGAAUUUCAAACUCUAUCUGUUUCACCAAUUUGUACCCAAGGCAAGUAAAAGCAUAUACCGGAGAUGUCUUUUCUUAUCUCUUUCACAAAGGAGAUGUUUAUCCCUGCACCUCAUGCAAGAAGGAUGUUAUGUACAGGGAUGUUGUUAAAUGCAGCUCUUGUCAAGGUAAUUGUCAUAAAGAGUGUACAUCAAGAUCUAUUGUUAGCAAAGGAGUCAGUGCUACUUCCAAUUUGACAUGCAAGCUAUGCCUCCAGAAGCGGAAUCUUAUGCUUACAAGUUACAAUACAAAUGCAAGUUAUAUCCGGCCCCAACAGAAGAGUACUGGCCAACAGCAAGUGACCGCUCCCAAAAUUAUCUUCAAGGUUAGUUCUUCCCAUUCUGCUGAACCUACCCUGAAAGUUGAAGCGCAGACAGUCCCAAAGGUUAAAGCACAGCCACUUGCAAAUGUGGAAGCUCAGCCAAUUAUGAAUGUGAAGGCCCAGCCAAUCGCGAAGGUGGAAUCCCAGACACUUGCAAAGGUGGAAGCCUUGCCAAUCACAAAUGUGGCAACUCCGAAUAUCACUAGUGUACAAGCUGAGCCAAAGACAAAAGCAAAAAAGUCAAAGUCAGAAAAAUCUAAGAAACCUAAAAAAGUUCAAGCGAUAACAUAUUUUGGUCUUGUAUGGAAGAAAAAUAAGAAUGACAAGGAUGAUGGAAGUGAUUUCAGGGCGAACGAUGUGAUUCUUAAAAGUAAGGAUGGUAUAGGUUCGUCAAUAAAACCAACUUGUUGCCUCUGUAACAAAACUUAUUCUCCGGAAUUCCUUUAUGUUCGCUGCGAGAGGUGCAGAAAUUGGUUUCAUGGUGAUGCCUUACAACUUGAGGAUGAAAGGAUAGAUGAGUUGGUUGCAUACCGAUGCUGUAGGUGUCGAAGGAGAGCCAUACCCCAAUGUCCUCAUUCAGAUGAUUAUAUAAAGCCUGAACCAGAAUGUAGUGAACAAACAGUUGCUACAUCAUCGCAGUCAACAAUGCUAUCUAGUGAGGGAACUUUCGCUUUAGUAGAUCAGGACCCACUGCUCGCUUCAUAUGGAAUCGUUGAACCGACUGGGGAAGAAACAGUGGAUGCUGAUUUAUCAACCAACAUGGUAAGCUUUGCCCCUGGAAGCAACAAGAAGCUGUCAAUAAGACGAGCACAAACUAAAAAUUGUGAAUACCUUGAUCAAGCAAGAUCUGCGAAUGAGUAUUAUAUCCAGAAUCAAUCUCUGGGGAAUGGGAACAUCAAUUUCAGCCACAUGAAUGAAUAUUCCUUUUCGGAGGCUGACAGCGUGCAUGCUUCAGAGCUAUUGGGGUGGGAUUUUUCCCAAGGAACUGCAUAUGCUGCCCCUCCUGAAUCCACUGCUACUCACCAAGCAAAUGACACUAGUGGUGGCAACUUUGCAAUUGAUCAAUAUGAACCCCAGACUUAUUUCUCAUUUACCGAGCUGCUUGAAGCUGAUGAUACGCAGCUUGAUAAUGCAUUUGGGAUGUCUACUAGUCUGCAAGACGAUGGCAACUGCACAGGAAACUUCGAUCAACAAGGAGCUGGUUUUGAUGAAAUGUAUUUUAUGAUAGAAGAUGGAGCUUCAAAUAUGAACUUCCCAACAGAUGAUCCCUCCCCUGAUGUGGUAGCAUGUUACAAGUGCCAGAACACUGAGCCACCACCUGAUCUCAAAUGUGCAGUCUGUGGCCUGCACAUACACCGGCAAUGCUCACCUUGGGAUGAAAAUGUGCUGCCUGCUGAGAGUGGCGAUUGGAGUUGUGGUGGUUGUCGAGAAUGGCGAUGAUUACUUCUGAACUUCAUUGCAUCUGUUGAGAGUGGCAGCGCCAGCUGUGAUAGCAGUUCCUGAACAUGCUUUCUGUUUAGGUGGAAGGUAUACGGUGAAGUGCGCCACGGAUCUGGAUGAAAAUUUUCCAUCAAGCUGUUAUGAUGCAGUGCUACUGAGGGUUGAUUAUUUGACAUACAGUUAGACUAGCAAUGACUGCUGCGGAGUUUACACUGUAAAUACUAAAGGAUGGGUCACGGAGACCAUUUUCCAUUCUUUAGAGUUUAACUUUAUUUUUGGGGAGCUUUAGAGCUAGGAAAUGCUGUUGGCAACAUGAUAUAUGGUUCUGAAAAACCAUGUUCGUGUAAUUGUAUUACUUUCUUGCAACCUUCAUUUUCUCCUCGUCUUUUCAGAGAGGCCUUUGUCAGAGUGGCCAACUGGCCACUGCCAUUGCUAUGCUUUACAUAUAUUGCUUCCCUUCUUUUUA